UGUGGAGGUAAACAUGGCGACUCUCGGACCUCUGCGAAGAAUAUCCAGACUGGGCUCCAGCAUCUGCAGGAACCACCGUUUGAUGCUCAGCAGAAGCCCACAGAGACGAGGGAUAGCUUCUUGUAUCGACCCUGCUCAUGGACUCACAGAUGAACAGAAGGAGUUUCAGGAAGUGGCUUUUAGCUUUGCAGCCAAUGAAAUGGCUCCACAUAUGGCAGAGUGGGACCAAAAGGAAAUAUUUCCAGUAGAGACCAUGCGGAAGGCAGCCCAGUUGGGGUUUGGCGGGAUCUACGUUCAGCCGGAUGUUGGAGGAACAGGUCUUUCUCGGCUGGACACAUCCGUCAUCUUUGAGGCCUUGUCCACAGGAUGUGUCAGCACCACCGCUUACAUCAGUAUCCACAACAUGUGUGCCUGGAUGAUAGACACCUUUGGAAAUACUGAGCAGAGGGAGAAGUUCUGUCCAGACCUCUGCACGAUGGAAAAGUUUGCUUCCUAUUGUCUCACUGAACCAGGCAGCGGCAGUGAUGCUGCUUCACUUCUGACCACUGCACAGCUGAAAGGUGACCAUUACAUCUUGAAUGGUUCUAAGGCCUUCAUCAGUGGAGGGGGAGACACAGACAUCUAUGUUGUGAUGUGCAGAACAGGAGCUAAAGGAGCAAAAGGCAUCUCCUGUUUGGUGAUAGAGAAAGGAACCCCCGGCCUCAGUUUUGGCAAAAAAGAAAAGAAGGUGGGUUGGAACUCUCAGCCGACCAGGGCGGUGAUAUUUGAGGAUUGUGCCGUUCCAGUGACCAACCGGCUCGGUGAAGAAGGGCAAGGAUUCAGCAUGGCCAUGAAAGGCCUGAACGGAGGCAGAAUUAAUAUUGCAUCCUGUUCUCUUGGGGCGGCCCAUGCCUCUGUACAGCUAGCGAGGGAUCAUCUGUUAGUGCGCAAGCAGUUUGGAGAGACACUCUCCAACAACCAGUUUCUUCAGUUCAAACUGGCAGAAAUGGCCACCAAGUUGGUUGCAUCUCGCCUUCUUGUGCGGGAAGCUGCCACAGCGCUGCAGGAGAACCGGCCUGACGCCGUUUCUCUCUGCUCCAUGGCCAAACUCUUUGCCACAGAUGAGUGCUUUGACAUCUGCAACCAGGCUCUUCAGAUGCACGGUGGUUACGGUUACCUCAAAGACUACGCAGUGCAGCAGUUUGUCCGAGACAUCAGAGUGCAUCAGAUCCUAGAGGGCACGAAUGAGGUGAUGAGGAUGAUCAUUUCACGAAGUCUGCUGACGGAGUCAUGAUGAGUCUCUCCUCUGGUUCUUCUAGUGACCAUAUUGUAAUGGUCUUCCUCUUUGGUUGGUUACUGUGUGACUGGUUCCCUGAAAUGCCCUCCGCAAUGUAGAAUUUGGGGUAAAGCAGUAAGUAAACGUAGUUUUUUAGGGUGAAUAAUUGUUACAGUUUUAGCUAAACUGACAGCUGGAAAUCCACAAAAUCACCACCAGCAGUUGUGAUUAUCUAACAAUAGUUUAGAAAAGUUUUGUUUAGAUUUUUUUAUCUGAAGAUGCCUGUGUGGAUACAAACCAUUAAAGCUUAAAAUAAUUUAACAAUGUCAGUGUUAAUAAAAGGAAUGGUUGCUCUCCUGUAUAUUACAUAUCUAGUGCGUGCGUGUCAGAACCACGCACGCUGACUACGGGGGUUCCACAAGGUUCAGUUCUGGGCCCCCUUCUCUUCUUGCUCUACACAACAUCUCUGGGUUCUGUUAUUCGCUCCCAUGACUUCUCCUACCAUUGUUAUGCCGAUGACACCCAGCUGGUCUUGUCAUUUCCUCCCGGUGACACCCAAGUGGAGGCACGCAUUGCUGCGUGCUUGGCUGACAUCUCGAGGUGGAUGGCGACACACCACCUGAAGCUGAACCUGGACAAAACCGAGCUACUGUUCCUCCCGGGGAAGGGCUGCCCGCACCGAGACCUGUCCAUCACCAUUGAUGAUGCCGUGGUGACGCCAACUCGGACUGUGAGGAAUCUGGGUGUGACCCUGGACGACCAACUGUCGUUCUCAGCAAACAUUGCAUCGGUCACACGCUCCUGCAGAUUCCUCCUCUACAACAUCAGGAGGAUUCGCCCCUUCCUCACUGACGAGACGGCGCAGGUGCUCAUCCAGGCUCGGGUCAUCUCCCGCCUGGACUACUGCAACUCACUACUUGCUGGAGCCCCGGCGUCGGCCAUCAGACCCCUGGAGCUUGUCCAGAAAGCUGCAGCACGUCUGGUGUUCAAUCGCCCCAAGUUCUCUCACACAACUUCCCUUCU